AUGCAGGCGCUCAAGAAUGUUGCCAUCAGGCUGUUGAACAUCUAUGUUGGUCCAUACGUGGAGAAUUUAGACACAAAUGCGUUGAAUGGAUCUUUGUGGUCUGGCCAAGUGAACUUGAAGAAUCUGCAUUUGAAGAAAUCACUUCUAGAGCGAUUCGGCGUACCUGUUGAGAUCGUCGCGGGGGAUAUCGGUUCACUGUCCUUGUCGAUACCAUGGAACGCAUUGAAGAGUCAACCUGUGAAAGUUGUCAUAGAUGAUGUUUACGUAUUGGCUCGAGCGAGACCACAGGGCAAAGUCGAUCCGGAAGAAGAUGAGAGGGUAGAACAGGCUACAAAGCAGGAUAAACUGAAAUCUGCAGAAGCGGUUGAUAAUGCUGCUAGUCAAGUUGCUCAUCAGGAAGGAAAUGAUGAGACCAAACAAACGUACAUUGGAGCUAUAGUAUCGAAAAUCGUAGAUAAUGUACAGAUUCAGAUAAAAGGGAUACAUAUCAGAUACGAAGAUGGAAGUAGUACUCCUGAACACCCUUUCGCCGCUGGAAUCACCCUUAACGAGUUCAAGGCUGUCUCAACAGAUGAGAACUGGGUAGAAACUUUCAUCCAGAAUAGUCUGAAUGGUGUCCACAAGCUCGUCAAACUUGGUGCAUUAGCUGUAUACUUUGAUACAGAUACGGGAAGUCUAGAUAAAGGACCGGAUGACAGGCAGGGUACGAUCGAUGCUUUGAAAGCUAUGCUUGACGGAUCACCCAACCAUCAAUACAUCCUGAAACCCGUCACUGGAGAAGCUCGCGCAAUCAUCAAUAAGACCAUGUCCAAUGAGAUGCCUAAAGUAGACGCCCAGGUGAUAUUCGACGAGAUCGGCGUGGUGAUCGACAGAGAUCAGUAUAGAGAUGCUCUAUCGGUUGUUGACGUCUUCCAUUUCUAUCGCCGGACUCACCAAUACCACAAAUUCCGUCCACCAGAGGAAGAGUUCAAUGAGAAUCCGGCAAAGGCCAGACUCAAAUUUGCUCUCAAUGCGAUCAGAUCAGAAGUGCACGAGAAAAACAGAAGAUGGUCUUGGGGUUAUCUUAGUGAGAGAAGAGAUACGAGGAAGAAGUAUGUGGAUUUGUAUGUGAACAAGCUAGCUUUGACGGAAGGCAAACAACUUUCAGCCGAAGAGAGUACCGCUUUAGCGGAGAUCGAGACCAAAUCAUCCUACGAAGAUAUCCGUUUCUUCCGAUCCGUCGCUAGGGCCAAGGCGAAGAAGGAUGCCGCUACGAGGAAAAAGCUAGAAGCGGAGAAAGCGAAGAAUCAACCACACAAACAAACUUGGUCGGAAUGGGUGUGGGGCUCAUCAGCUAAAACUACAGACGCAGAUGGCGGCAUGUCGGAAGAGGAGAAGAAAGAGAUCGACGAUAUUAUAGACUACGAUGCGACUGCUGCUGCCGAAAGUGUCGGUACGACCCCUCGAGAUUUCAUGAAAGCUCGAUUAUCCGCUAAACUCAACAAGGGUUCUUUCUCCUUGCGAACCGAACCUCACGGGAAGAACAACGAUAUUAUCGCUCUGGUAUUCGAUUCAUUCUCUGCGGAUGCUGUUCAGCUUACAGACUCCAUGAAAGGGAAGAUUGCUCUGGGUGGUUUCCGAGUAUACGAUGGUACCACCCCAGAUUCUCUUUAUCCUCAAAUUGUACGUGUGAAAGAUAUAGAGGAGAGUGAUAAGGGUAAAACUCGCCAGCAGAGUUUAGAGGUCGAAGGUGGUAUAGAUGGUGCUGUAGCAGAUAUAGAUGCUGGAUUACCGGAUGAUGCGGAUCCAUUCUUCACUAUGGAAGUUGAACAGAACCCAUUAGACGGAAGAGCCGAUAAUGCCGUUACGAUCAAGAUGCGACAUUUGGAGAUAAUCUAUCACAAGGGGUAUGUAGAAGCGGUGGUGCAGUUCUUCAGACCGCCAGAAAGUCAGCUGGAAUCGAUCGGAGCACUGUUGGAUGCUGCUGGACAGACUCUGGAUGGGAUACGGAAGGAAACCAGAGCUGGAUUGGAAUAUGCUCUGGAGCAGCACAAGACGGUGGACAUUCAGCUGGACAUGAAUGCACCUAUCAUCAUCAUUCCUAUGGAUAUCAAGGUCAAACAGUGUCAGACUCUAGUCCUGGACGCAGGUCAUAUCUCGGUUGGAAGUAAGCUUGCCGACAAGGACAAGCUGAAGGAAGUCCAGAGUAAACGAGGUCGUCAAUAUUCCGAUGACGACUAUAAACAAUUAGAAGAUCUGAUGUACGAUCGAUUCGACUUACAUCUACAAUCGGCUCAACUUCUCAUGGGAGGCGAUAUAGAUGCUUGUAUGAAUGCUCUGGAAGACCAUUCAGAAGGAGCAGACGAACUGCACGUACUGGAGAGAAUCAACAUGUCUUUCUCAGUACAGAACGCUAUUGUCAAUGCUCCGAAUCUGACGAGAUUCAAGAUAGCUGGUCAUCUUCCCGAAUUACAUGUCAAUUUCUCUGAUCGAAAAUACAAAACGUUGAUGAAGUUCAUUGAUGUUGCGAUACCCAAAUUCGGUGACGAUGAUACACCCCAGAACCCAGCACCCGCUUUGACACAUACGGAAUCGCGCGCGGUUUUCCGAUCCGCACCAAUCGAAGAGUACAACUUUGAUGAUUCGAGAUCUAUCGUAUCCCAUCAUACAGUCACUGACAAGGACGACAGUAGCUCGGUGGGAGGUAAAGGUGACCAAUUCUACGAGGCAAGAGAUGACCAGACUGAGAGUCAGAAAAGCGCCUUGCGUCAAAUCAGCUUUGAAUUCUCUUUCUCCGUCGGUAGACUUCAGGCAUCCUUAUUCAAAUCUUACUCACCCUCAUCAGAAAAGGCAUUUGCAGAUGCCGUUCUGGAAGAUUUCGGCCUUACCUUCGCUCUGAGGAAGUACGAUAUGUCAGUAGAUCUGUUCCUGCGAUCCGUUUCUUUAGCAAUGAUCGAACAAUCAAGCAACAAACGACCCAUCUUGUCUUCGGCCAAUGAUGGUGGUAAUUCACCAUCUGAUCUCAAACUACUUCAAGUCCGAUAUUUGAAGGUUCAGAAGGAAUCGCCCGAGUUCAUGACGAAGCAUGAAGGCGUUGAUACCAGUAUUGAUACUGAGCUAUCAACUUUCAAAAUUACCCUGGCACCUGAACCUAUCCUGUCGUUGUACGAUUUCAUCAUGACGACUUUCGUGCCGAAAGAUGAGGAAGCCCCAGCUCAGGCAACUGACCCAGAAUCCGGACAAGUGAUGGACACCGCUGAAGAGCCACAAUCCACCGAUAAGCUUCGUAUCAGAGUGAAAUUGACCAGUGCCCAAGUCUCGCUCGAGAACAACGGGAACCGCUUCGCUCUUCUAGGCUUACCGUCAGCCGACGUCGCUCUAUUGCUUCGAGCAGGAACACUAAGAAUAGGUGCCAAGCUGGGCAACAUCACCCUCGAAGAUCUGUCUGAUGAUACGGUGGCAAAUCCCGAAUUUAAGAAACUACUCUCAAUCGAAGGAGAAGAACUCGCCGACUUCAGCUACGAGACCUUUGACCCCAAUGACAAAGAGACCUUCCCGGGCUAUAAUUCCUCGGUCCAUCUACGGACUGGAUCGCUCAAGUUCACUUUCAUGGAAGGACCUGUACGGGACCUAUACACUUGGGCUACCAAAUUCGCAAGGAUGAAGGCGGUCUAUGAUGCUGCCCAGCAAGCUGCUGUACAACGUGCUUCCGAAGUUACAAGGAUGCAUUUCGACGUGGUCAUCAAAACGCCUAUCAUACUCUUACCUCGAGAUGGACUUACUUCCACCGAUGUGUUGAUCCUUCGACUGGGUGAAGUCGUAGCGAAGAACGAAUAUCUGAACGAUCCCAAUGAUACCAGCACAAUCGACGCCAGUUUACGAGGUAUUAGUGUCGCAUCCGAGAUCACCGUCGAUGGGAAGAAAGGUCAUUUGCAAAUGGUGGAUGACGUUGCUAUCACUGCAGCUAUCAAACAAGCUGGCGGGUCUAGCCAUCGGGCAGAUCCUGAUCAUGCUGAUAUGGAGAUCACCACCGAAAUGUCCGACGUAAAGAUGUCAUUAACUCAAAGGCAAUACGUGCUUCUGAUGGGAAUCCUUGAAUCCCUUCCUCGAGCGUUAAGCGAUAUUGACGAGGACGAGAUUGAUCCCGAGUCAUUCCCUGUCACUCCAGCUACAGAGUCGCGUAUCGAUACUCCAAACGUGAAAACUCCAGCAGAGGAAGAACCAAAUGUCAACUUGGAGCCCGAACUGGCUGUCAUCAAGUCUGACAACAAUGGGCCAGCGCAGCUUUGGACAGCUCUAGACUUUGUCUUUUCUGUUGGAUCUAUUGCUUUGGAAGUUUAUACCAACGAUGCUAUAGUACCGGAAGAUCUGAAAAACUGCAGCAUCGCUCGCUUUGCCCUGGUCAAACCUCACUUGGGAUUCAAGAAGCUAUCUGACGGUGCGAUGGAAGCUGAAUUUUCGUUGAAGACCCUAUCGUUCCUCAGCACGAGAUCAGGAAAUAGCAUGUUCAGAGAUAUUAUUCCCCCUGCUACGCAUGAGGGCAAUCAGAUAAUGUUCCAAUAUACUAUGGCUGGUGGCACGGAUCAAUCUGCGCUAGCUAUAGUGACCAUCGAUAGCCCUCGAUUCAUCCUGGCUGUUGAUCCUUUGGCUGCUCUACUUGAAUUCGCUGUCAGUCCCUUUAAGAAGCCGGCUGAUGCCGAAGCUCAACAGGCUCAAGAAGAACAGCCAGAAGAAGUGGAAGAAGCUCCCAAACAAGGUGGUGGACUUUCAUUCAGAGUGGAAAUUAUCGAUGCUACCGUCAUCGUCAUUGCCGACGAUACCAAUCCGAAAACCCAAGCUAUCCAACUAUCCAUCAAGGAAGUCUUGCUUUCCCAGCAAAGUAUCCUCGCGUUGAAAGUGGAAAGGAUCGGAAUGUCAUUCGGACGAAUGGAUAGACCCAAUGAUCGAGUCAAGUUCCUCGAUGAUCUCAACGUAGCUCUUUCGCUGGAUACUAGGCGCCGAGGUGCUCAGCAAAUGUCUAGCUUCGAAGUGGAAAUCCCUGAUCCGAUCAUAUUCAGAGCUUCGUACACUGAUAUGAUGCUGAUCGUGGACAUUGUCAACAAAGCUUCUGCAGUUGCCACGAAGGCUCUUGCACCUGAAGGCAGCCAAGAGCAAACAUCGCCUCAGAAUAGAAGGGAUAGCUUGACUGCUGACGCUUCCACGGAAAAUACUUAUAUGGCUAUAGUGACUACCAAGCAUUCGAGGAGGGCCUCGGUCAGUCGAAGGUCGUCGAUUAGUAGACGUAGAUCAUCGAUGGAGAAAGCACAUGUCUUGGUGUCGAAAGAACAGCUCAAAGCCCGUAUCAACGGAUUCCAAUUUGUCUUGGUUGGGGAUCUACAAGAAAUGCCCAUGGUUCACCUUUCUACCAAUGAAUUCCAAGUGAUGAUCAAUGAUUGGUCCGGCGAUAUGAAAAUGGCUACUUCGAUUACCACUUCUAUCCGAUACUUCAACUUGACCAAUUCGUACUUCGAGCCAUUGAUGGAUCCUUGGAAAUUCGAUCUACGCGUCAACAGCGUCUCCGCUGGUUCAGGACAUAAUCCGCUCAACGUCCGCUUAACAGCUAGCGAAAGAUUGGAGCUCAAUCUGAGUUCCGCCUUUAUCGAGUUGGCAAUAACGACAAUGACCGUUUGGAGUAGGGAGAAGGAUAAAGCGAAAGAAAGUAGAGGUACAGAUGCUCCAUUCAGGAUAAGGAAUCGUACUGGUCUCACUGUACUUCUUUGGCCUGAACAAGCGGAUCUUAGUAAACAAGUUACUGGUGUCAAGCGUCUUGAUGAUGGCGCGGAUGUACCUUGGCGAUUUGAGGAUAGGAAACAUACUCGAGAUAAUGUCUCUGCUGUACGACAUAAUUCUCUUGGUAUCCAACUGCAAGAUACCCCCUGGGAAGCUUUACGAGGCAUCUCAGUCGAUCGAGAAGGCGAUCACAUCCUUACCCUUCGACCUCGAUUGGAUAAAGUAUCGCAUCAAAUUACCUGUGAAAUCAAGCUCGAAAAUAAUAUCAAGGUGAUCACUUUCAGAUCCACCCUGAAUGUAGAUAACCAGACCAGCUUGCCAAUCGAAAUGAUUGUUGUUGACUCGCACGGCAAAGCGUCCUCGGGAGCUAUGAGGAUUGAUCCUGGAGAGUCUUGUCCUCUACCAUUGGAAGCUGCUUUCGAAAAGAGGUUUAGGUUGCGCCCAUUGCGAGGUUUCGGUUUCGACUAUAGUUGGUCGAUGCCACUUCAUUGGAAACAACUUGUCACCAAGCCGAUUCGACCGAUCAGCUGUAAACAUCAGACUCCAAAAGAACCCGCUUUCUACUUCCAGGCGCAAGCCAACUUCAAUGCUAAGGACCCUGCUGCUAAGAUAUAUCCUCGAAUGACCUUGACCCUUCGAGCUCCAGUGGAGUUAGAAAAUCUUCUCCCAUAUGACCUGAAGUUCCGAAUUCACGACAAGAACACAGGUUUGAGCUCUAGCAAUUUCUUGGUGAAAGGCGGUUCUAGUCCGAUUCAUACGGUCGAACUGGGCCACUUGCUCUUACUGAGUGUAGCACCCGAGGACACCAACUUGAAGCAAAGUGACUAUGCCAUUAUCAACACUGAUGAUGUCGAGCUACCCAUCGAGGAUCACUUCCAGCUAGCUGAUGAGCAAGGUCUUAAAUUGAUGUUGAAGCUUCAUUACUUCACAUAUCCCAACUCUGGUGGAGCUUUCAAGGUACAGGUAUACAGUCCGUUCAUCUUCAUGAAUAAGACUGGCUUGCCGUUCGACCUAGCUGCUAAGACUUGGACGGGAGGACAAAGACCUAUUGCUGGACGUGAUCUGUUCGCUAAUGAUUACCAUCGAGAAACCCCAACUCCCUUCAUGUUUGGCUUCCCAAGUGAAGAUCGACGAAAUCGAUUACAUCUCAGGGUUGAUGACUCGAAGUGGUCACAGCCUAUCUCUUUCGAGCCUGUAUCUGCAGAUAUGCAGAUUGUGAUGACCAGUGCAUCAGGCGAGAGCGAUAAUUACGUUGGUCUGUCUUAUACCGAAGGGAUCGGUAAAUACAAAUUGACCAAAGUCAUCACCAUUGCUCCUCGAUUCCUGAUUAAGAACACGUUCUCCUACCCACUGAAGAUCAGGCAACAUAGCACUCAGAAUGUUAUUGAUAUAGCACCCGGAGAACGGGUCCCGAUCCAUGAAUUGCAGCAUCAAGCGCCAUCUCAGCUCAGCAUGGCUUUCGACGAGCCUAAUUUGCGCUGGUCUGCUCCUUUCAAUAUGGCGGAUAUAGGUCGAACGCAUAUCACGUUACAACGGCUUACCAACAGAGGUCAGAAGACCUACCUGUUAAGAGUGGACACUCACCUUGAAGGCUCUAGCAUCUUCAUCUACGUCUCUCGAGAUACUGAUCAGUGGCCAUUGAGGUUGAGAAAUGAUACUGGAUUAUCGCUUAAAUUCCAGCAAGUCGACGAAGACGGUACAAGGGAUACUCGACCACUACGAUAUCUCCCGGCUAAAUCAGAGCAAGACUACGCUUGGGACUGGCCAACAGCGACUAACAAGCGCAUCAGACUACUCGUCGAUGCCGGACCAAACAACGAACCUAUACCGUUGGCAAACACGAUCGAUAUGAUGGCUAUUGGUAUCCAACCACCGAUGAAAAUACCCCGGACUGCUGAUGUUCAGCGCUCCAUGGCUCUAUCCGUAGACGUGCAGGCUGAUGGCGGCUCCCAACUCCUUACGCUAUCUCCGUACAAUGAGGAGACAAGUGUAUAUAAGCCCACCAGACGAGCGACUGGCGGUAUCAGGCGUACCGAUAGUUCCGAUACUCUUUCUUCUGCCGCCGGCUCAUAUGAGACUGUGUCAGUGAGCGAGAAAGCUUCAUUGAACAUUUCAGUCGAAUUUGAGGGUAUCGGUAUCUCAGUGAUCACCAAACGACCUGAUGAACUGUUAUACAUCUCGGUUAGAGGGCUCAAGCUGGGUUACUCUGAUUAUCCCCAGUACUACGACGCUUUUGUGGACUGUAAAUGGAUACAGAUAGAUAACCAACUGUUCGGUGGAUUAUUCCCUAUCAUCCUGUACCCGACUGUGGUACCUAAAGAUGGAAAAGAGCUGGAAUCGCAUCCUACCUUACAAGCAUCGGUCGCUGUACUUAAGGAUCAAUCUCAUGGUGUCGUAUUCGUCAAAUACGCUACAAUACUCCUACAAUCAAUGACGGUAGAGCUAGACGAAGACUUCAUGUUCGCUUUGCUGGACUUUGUGAAAUUCAAAGAUGCAGCUUGGAAGGAGGAUACCCAUGAUGUCUUAAUCGAACAUCCAAAGGAUAUCCCUGAACCAGAUAUCUCGUCUACCCAAGCCGAUGUCUUCUUCGAAGCAUUGCAAUUGCAGCCUGUAUCACUUGAAUUGUCGUUCAUGAGGACAGAUCGAGUCAACGUAGAUGAAAAAGUGUCUACUCGAAACCCCUUCUACUAUGCCAUCAAUGCUCUCACGAUGGCAUUGGGUAAUGUCAAUGCUGCUCCACUCAACUUCCGAGCUCUCUUCCUUGAGAAUGUACGAUUGAGUGUCCCAUCCCUGCAAGAACGUGUUCAACUACAUUAUCAAGAACAGUUCAUGUCUCAAAUCUAUCGAGUACUAGGUUCCGCAGACUUCUUAGGUAACCCAGUAGGAUUGUUCAACAAUAUAAGUUCUGGAUUCUCGGAUAUCUUCUACGAACCUUAUCAAGGUAUCGUUAUGCAUGGCAACAAAGAUAUCGGACUUGGUAUUGCAAGAGGAGCUACGAGUUUCGCCAAAAAGACUGUCUUUGGUCUAUCGGAUAGUAUGACCAAAUUCACGGGUAGUAUAGGAAAAGGUCUUUCUGCUGCUACGCUGGAUUCCGAAUAUCAAACCAAACGACGAAUGACAAGGAGAAGAAAUAAGCCUAAACAUGCUCUAUAUGGGGUAGCUGCUGGUGCAAGUGCCUUUGCAGAUAGUGUUACGAGUGCUUUUGAGGGUGUUGCUUCUAAACCUAUCGAAGGUGCUGAGAAAGAAGGUGCGAUUGGAUUCACGAAGGGUAUCGGUAAAGGUUUUGUUGGUCUAUUCACGAAACCGGUUGUCGGAGUUAUGGACUUUGUAUCUUCCUCAACGGAAGGUAUAAGAAACACCACGACUGUGUUCGAUCAGACUGAUCUCGAUAGAGUUAGAUUACCCAGAUUUAUCUCUGCGGACGGUGUCUUGAGGCCAUUCUCUGCUCGUGAAGCUCUCGGUCAAUCAUGGCUCAAAGAUCUCGACGCGGGAGCAUUCUUCCACGAUUCAUACGUUGCCCAUAUUGACUUACCAGGAGACGACGCCGUAUCGAUUUUAUCGAAUAACCGGAUCUUACAAGUCCAAUUAAGAAGGUUGAAAGUGAUCUGGCAAGUGCCCUUCGAGGAACUCGCUAGUUUAUCGCUAGAGGCCAAUGGUAUAAACCUGGUUAAUCGAGAUGGACGCGGUGGGCCAUUCUUGCCUAUUGCUGAACAGACGGCGAGAGAAUGGUACUUCAAACAGAUAGGAAGAGUCGUCGUAGCGUACAACAAAGCUCAUAGUCAACGUGAUGAUUAG